AUGUGGCACAUUAAAUCUACGCAAAAAGUAUUUCAGAAAAUUGUUUUACGUUUUCUCAAAACUCUUGCUAAUGAAAGUGGAAAUGAUGGUACGUGGUUGACUGUAUUUGGUUUUUGUACGAAUGCUGAUGCUCAAAUCUUGAUCGAUGAAUUUAGUCUCUUUGGAGUGAUAGAAAAAUAUGUGAUUGUCGAUGAAUCGAAUAUAUUUCAUAUAAAAUUUGAAACUCAUCUUCAAGCUCAAUGUGCUCUAAAAAAACGUGGUCAUGUUUUUAGUCAGAUAAUUAUUGGUGUACGACAUUGUACUGACAGAGAUGUGAUUGCACUCAAACCACAAAGUAAUGCUAAUGUUUAUAUUGAAAAUUCAUUUCUUACACGACAUCGAUAUCGUCCAGGCAUUUUGUCGUCAGCACCACUUACAGUUCAAAAUUGA